GCUGGUGGCACGUGCUGCUGCCAAGAGCUGGAGCCACAUCCCUGGGGAUGCAGAAGCAGCUGAGGGCCCUCCCAGCCCCCAGACCCUUGCAGUGUUGGUGGGUCCAAUCAGGUUGUAUCCUGACAUUUAUCCCAGAGCUGUGUCCCUUCCUUUCCCCCAGCAGAAUGGAAACCCCAGAGCAGGCACAGAGCAAAGGUCUGGAGCUUGUAUGAGCUGCAGUAAGGGCAGGGAGGAACCCUGCGGAUGCCCAGCCCGCAGCAGCUCCAUGGCCCCAGGGCACCAGCAGAGAGUUCCUGGGGCCAGCAGAGACCCGGCAGAAAGCUGGGAUAAGCCAUGGAAAGAUGACUGCUGGGAGAAAGGGAGAUUGAGGGAUUAUUGCUACAAGAGGCAAAAGCCUCUCAAAAAUCAAUUUGCUCCCUGCUGGGGAGAGCAAAAUGGGUCCACUUUCCUGCAGAUCCUAAUCUGGCCCAUAAGGAGGGUCUGGGAAGGUGUUGUCAACAACCAGUAAACUGCCUACCCAGCACUGAUGGGGCACGGGGGGCACAGGAGCAGAGCAGGGUGUGGGACUCAGUGGGCAGGGGGAUGCCAUGCGUCAGCAAUGUCCCUGCUUCCUGCAACUGCCAUUUCCCAUCAGGGCAAGCAAUGCCCAGGCUCUGCUCACUGCUCUGGGACAAUGCCAGCCCACAGCAGCCCUGCACUUUUGUUGGCAUUGCUUCCCUCUGGCCCUCACGCUGCCUUCUGCAUGCAGCCCACGCUGCAGAGCGGUAGAUGCCAACUGCAGCCCUGUUGGGCCGGGAUCUCCUGCAAGCGCUGGGUGUCCUCAACCUGUCCCUCCUCCAUGGGCCCAGGCGCCAUCUCCCCGCCCUGCAGCACCAGAUCUAAGCAGACCACGGUUAUUUCUGUACCUCAGCAUGCAGACAAUAGCAACGAAGAUGCAGGAUGCAGCUCCAGAGCAGGGUCGGGGCUUCUCCUCCCCCCCCUGGGGCUGGGCUUGUGUUCUCAGCGCAUCUCUCGGUAUCGGGUGCGGCACGGGGUCAAACCACAGUUUGCAGUGCUCAGACACCGACAGCUCUGGAGCCUCUGAGUGAGAAGGGGAGAGGUCCUGCUGUGUAAUGGAGGAGGCAACCCCCACCCCCACGGCGAUAACAGCCACCACCGACUUCUACACGUGGGAGUACAGCGUCCCGUGGGAUGACGGCACGCUGCCCGAGCUGUGUGAGAAGCAGGCAGUGCAGAGCUUCGCCCGCACCUACCAGCCGGCCUUGUACCUGCUGCUCUCACUGCUGGGCACGGUGGGCAACGGGCUGGUGCUGCUCACACACACCCGGUACCGCCGGGCGCGCAGCAUCACCGACGUCUGCCUGCUGCACCUGGCUCUGUCCGACCUGCUCCUGCUGCUGACGCUGCCCUUCGCCGUCACUGCGACGCUGCAGGGCUGGGCCCCAGACACGGCUGCCUGCAAGGUGCUGCAGGGCGUUUAUGCCCUCAACUUCUACAGCGGCUUCCUCUUCCUCACCUGCAUCAGCAUGGACCGCUACUUGGCCAUUGUGCGGGUGCCGGCUGCGUGCCGCCUGCGCCCACGGGCUCGUCGGCACGGCUGGCUGACGGUGAGCCUGGCCUGGCUGCUGGCGGCACUGCUGGCACUGCCGCAGUUCGUCUAUGGCAAAGCAGAACGGCAUCAGGACCUCCACGUCUGCCGCGUUGUCUUCCCCCCGGCCGCGUCGCGGGCAGCUCGGGGAGCCACCAACCUCGCCCAGGUGGUGCUGGGCUUCGCCGUGCCCUUCGUGGUGAUGGCAACCUGCUACACGGCCGUGGCUCGGACGCUGCUGGCGGCUCACGGCGCUCAGCCCCACCGGGCGCUGAAGGUGCUGCUGACCCUCGUGCUGGUGUUCGUGGCGCUGCAGCUGCCCCACAGCCUCAUGGUGCUGCUGGACACGGCCGAGCUGCUGACCAGCUGGGAGCUGAGCUGCGCCCAGAGCCGCCGCAAGGACCUGGCGCUGCUGGUCACGGCCGGGCUGGCAUCGCUGCGCUGCUGCCUCAACCCGCUGCUCUACGCCUUCCUGGGCCAGCGAUUCCGCCGCGAGCUGUGGCUGUUGGCCAGCGAUGCCGGCUGCGUGGGGAACGUCGACUCGCGCUGCCCCGGCUGCCCCAGCCCCCGGCAGCGCUCAUCGCUCUCCACCUGCCAGGACGUGGCGUAGGGACACAGCCCAGGGCAGGCGCCGGCACACACGGGGCUCAGACCCCCCCCAGGGAAAACUUGAACGGCUCCACGAGUCCCUGGAGCUGCUGACAGGGGCAGGACAGACAGACUGAGUCCGGGGCAGAUGGAGACACCUCGUGCCCAGCGCCAGCACCGGGGAAAUGGCCCCGGCUGCAGAGGAGCCGCGCAGUGUCACACGUGUUUGGGGGGUGCGUGCCACGAGGGCACUGUGCAGAGCCACGCGUGCCCCAGGAGGACCGUGCAUUGUUAUGUGUGUGUGAGUGGGACCGUGCAGUGCCACAGGGCAGCGCCUUCCACCUUCGUUUCCACUCUUGCAAUAAACCCGGCUCGAACUGCG